AUGUGUCGCGCACCCCUCGCACUGCGCCUGUGUCUUCUGUGCGCACUACUUCCCCUCUUCGUGCGCCCAGGAGGAAAGAGAAACUCCCCACAAAAGAUAUACCUAGUGAAGGCCAUUCAUAGGAAGGACAAUCGACCCCCGAACAGGCGGAUACACCUUCUAGCAGAACCUCCGCCAUCCCUCCAAACGUUUUACCACCCCCAUAAUAGAGGUAACAGAACCAAACUGUUUUACCUAUCCCCAGCCACGAAGAAGUUUGGAAAACUACGCAUUGUAUUGAGAAGGGUACGUUGCAAUGAUACGGAAGCAUCCAAAAAAGAGAGUCAGGUGAAGGAGGGCGUGAACCUCCCUAAAUCAGGCGUCCAAAUGGACGGGGAGAAAGACGCUCUAAAAGGAUCCUCCAAUAGGGCGAAUUGCACUGGAAAAAUGAACCCAUGCGAAAAGGAAGGAAGAAAAGAAGAUAGCAAAGAACAUAGCAAAGAACAUAGCAAAGAAGAGAGCAAAUCACUCCAAUCGGCAACCACCCCAAUGGACCAACCCAACUCCAUCGACUUUUACGUAACCCUAUACAAAGAUAAUCUCCUUAAGCGGCCAAGCAAAAUAAUGGAUAUGUCCCCCCCAAGGCAGAACGAACAAACGGAACGAAAAAAAAAAAAAAAAGAAGCCACCCUUGAUGAUAUCCUAUAUGGGGGCCUUCUAAAUAUUUACAAACCUGUAAAUACGUACUCAAUGAAAGUUUGCGAGAGGGUUAAAGGGGUUCUUAAGGAACACUUCAAACAUGUUUGCAAAAUGAAUUUAAACUUUAAGGUGGGACAUGGAGGGACAUUAGAUCCCUUCGCUGAGGGGGUUCUAGUUAUCGGUAUACAGAAAGGAACGAAAAAGCUCAGUGAUUUUUUAAAAUGCUACAAAAAGUAUUUGGCUCUAGGUCUCUUCGGUUUGGAGACAGAUACCCUGGACCGGGAAGGCAAUGUAGUAAAGAUAAGCAACGAAAUGAUGAAAGGGAAAAUUCCCCAAACAGGUACCAACACUCAUGAUACACUUACAUUAAAAAAAAAUAUUAUUCACACAUUGAAUAGACUUAUUGGACAUGUGUACCAGACACCGCCACUCUACUCAGCCAAGCGAGUCCAUGGAAUGAGACUCUACGAAUACGCUCGAAAAAAAAUUCCAGUGCAUAUCAAACCAAGUAAAGUACAUAUACAGAAUUUAAAAUACUUAAACCAAGUGGACCUCCCCUUUUUUGACUUAGACAUAAAAUGCUCUGGCGGCACGUACAUACGAAGCCUCGUGCGCGACUUUGCACACGAACUAAACACGCAUGCCACGUUAAUUAAACUUAUUCGUAUUCAACAGGGCGAGCAAUUUCUAUAUGAGCACUCUUUACACUACGAUGACAUAAACAUGGAGAAUAUCAAGAGGCAUUUGAUUAAACUCUAG